AUGUCUGGUAACGAGAAUUACCAGUCAGAUAGUGGAUCGCCAUCCAUUCCAGAAUCUGAAAUUGCAUUCGAUGGUACUGCUAUUCACAAUAACAAAGGAUAUGAAAAUUCUGAUGUAGUAUCACAAGCUCCAACUUUUCAAUCAUUUAGAAAUGAUGAUACUCAAGCAGAUAGAUUAACUAGAAUGUUAACUAAUCCAAAUGAAGACAUUAAUUCAUUACAUCAAAAAAAAUUUACUAUAUCUGAUGAUGUUGCAUCAAAAGUCGAAUCCUUAGCUGAUAAAUUAUCAAAACAUACUACAAGAAAUGGUUCAUUGGAUCUAAGUUCUGUUGAGACUAAUGGAUUUGAUGCUCAUGAAAUUUUUGCAUCUUUUGUUAGAGAUGCUAACGAACAAAAUAUUCAUAUUCGUAAAGCGGGUGUUAUCUUAGAAGAUGUUGGUUGUCAAGGUUUAGAUUCUUCUGCCUUAGAAGGGGCUACUUUUGGUAAUAUUUUAUGUUUACCUUAUACCAUUUAUAAAGGAAUUAAAGCCAAAAAAUCUACUAAGAUGAAACAAAUUUUACAAAAUGUUAACGUUUUAGCUAAACCAGGUGAAAUGGUUCUUGUUCUUGGUAGACCAGGUGCAGGUUGUUCUUCUUUUUUAAAAGUUACAGCAGGUGAAAUUGAUCAAUUUGCUGGUGGUACAGAAGGUGAAGUCUCUUAUGAUGGUAUUCCACAAAAAGAAAUGAUGAAACAUUUUAAAGCUGAUGUUAUAUAUAAUGGUGAAUUAGAUGUUCAUUUCCCUCAUUUAACAGUUCAACAAACUUUGGAUUUUGCUAUCGCUUGUAAGACUCCAGCUAAAAGAGUUAACAAUAUCUCUAGAAGUGAAUUUAUUGCUUCAACAAGAGAACUUUAUGCUACAAUCUUUGGUUUAAGACAUACAUAUAAUACAAAAGUUGGUAACGAUUUUGUUAGAGGUGUCUCUGGUGGUGAACGUAAGCGUGUCUCCAUUGCUGAAGCUCUAGCUGCUCAUGGUUCUGUCUAUUGUUGGGAUAAUGCUACUAGAGGUUUAGAUGCUUCAACAGCUUUAGAAUAUGCUAAAGCUAUCCGUAUUAUGACUAAUUUAUUAGGGUCAACUGCAUUUGUUACUAUUUAUCAAGCAAGUGAAAAUAUUUAUGAGUGUUUUGAUAAAGUUUCAGUGAUUCACUCUGGUAAACAAAUUUAUUUUGGUUUAAUUCAUGAUGCAAAGAAAUAUUUUGAUAAAAUGGGUUAUGAAUGUCCACCAAGACAAGUUACCGCUGAAUUUUUAACUGCUAUUACUGAUCCAAAUGGGUUCCAUCAAAUUAAAUCUGGAUUUGAAAAUAAAGUUCCACGUACCGCUGAAGAAUUUGAACAAUACUGGUUAAAUUCUCCAGAAUUCAAACAAUUAAAACAAGAUAUUCAAGAUUAUAAAGACCAAGUUAAUGUUGAUGAUGUUCAAUCAUUAUAUAGAAAAUCUAUGGCUGAUGAAAAAUCUAAAUAUGCUAGAACUAAAUCAUACUAUACCGUAUCAUAUUGGGAACAAGUUAGAUUAUGUACGCAACGUGGAUUUCAAAGAAUUUAUGGUGAUAAGAGUGCUACAGUAACUAAUAUUGUUGCAGCUAUUGUUCAAUCAUUUGUUUCUGGUUCCUUAUAUUAUAAUUCUCCUUCAUCUACUUCUGGUGCUUUUUCAAGAGGUGGUGUGUUAUAUUUCUGUCUAUUGUAUUACUCUUUGAUGGGUUUGGCUAAUAUUAGUUUUGAACAUAGACCAAUCCUUCAAAAACAUAAAGGUUACUCGUUAUAUCAUCCAUCCGCUGAAGCAUUGGCUAGUACUAUCUCAGGUUUCCCAUUUAGAAUGUUAGGUCUUACAUGUUUCUUAAUCAUUAUCUAUUUCUUAUCUGGUUUAAACAGAACUGCCCAUUCGUUCUUCAUUGUUUAUUUAUUCUUAACUAUGUGUUCUGAGGCAAUUAAUGGUCUAUUCGAAAUGGUUUCUGCUGGUUGUGAUAAUAUUUCUCAAGCUAAUUCCAUCUCUGGUAUUCUGAUGUUAUCUAUUUCCAUGUAUUCUACUUAUAUGAUUCAAUUGCCUUCCAUGCAUCCUUGGUUUAAAUGGAUUUCCUAUAUUUUACCAAUUAGAUACGCUUUCGAAUCUAUGCUUAACGCUGAAUUCCAUGGUAGACACAUGAGUUGUGGUGGUACAUUAGUUCCAUCUGGUCCAGGUUAUCAAAAUAUUACUGAUGCCAACCGUGUCUGUGCUUUCGUUGGUUCCAAACAAGGUCAAUCCUGGGUCCUUGGUGAUGAUUACUUGAAUUUAACUUUCCAAUAUAAAUAUAAGGAUACUUGGAGAAAUUUCGGUAUUAUGUGGUGUUUCUUAUUAGGUUAUGGUAUUAUUAAAGCCGUGGUCACUGAAUAUAAGAGACCAGUUAAAGGUGGUGGUGAUGCUUUAAUUUUCAAGAAAGGUGCUAAAAGAUUCACUACUAUUAAUGAUGAAGAAUCUGCUAACGAUAGUAUUGAUGCAAAGGAAAAAUACUUAAGUAGUGCAAGUAGCGAAGAUGACUCUAAACCAAUGUUUGAAGAUCUUAAGGCUGCCGGUGCUUUUAUUUGGAGAAAUGUUUGUUAUACUAUUCCAUACGAUGGUGGUCAACGUCAAUUAUUAGAUAAUGUCUCUGGUUACUGUAUCCCUGGUACUAUGACUGCAUUGAUGGGUGAAUCUGGUGCUGGUAAGACUACUUUAUUGAAUACUUUGGCUCAAAGAAAUGUUGGUAUUAUCACAGGUGAUAUGUUAGUUAAUGGUCGCCCAAUCGAUACCAGUUUUGAAAGACGUACCGGUUAUGUGCAACAACAAGAUAUUCAUAUUGCUGAAUUGACCGUUAGAGAAUCUUUAGUCUUUUCUGCUAGAAUGCGUCGUCCACAAUCUGUUAGUGAUGAAGAGAAACGUGCUUACGUUGAAAAAAUCAUUGAAUUACUUGAAAUGGAAGAAUACGCUGAAGCUUUAGUUGGUGCUGUUGGUAAUGGUUUAAACGUCGAACAAAGAAAGAAAUUAUCUAUUGGUGUUGAAUUAGUCGCCAAACCUGAUGUCUUACUGUUUUUGGAUGAACCUACUUCUGGUUUAGAUUCUCAAUCUUCAUGGUCUAUUAUUCAAUUAUUAAGAAAAUUGGCCGAAGCUGGUCAAAGUAUCUUAUGUACCAUCCAUCAACCUUCUGCUACUUUAUUUGAACAAUUCGAUAGAUUAUUACUAUUAAAGAAAGGUGGUCAAACUGUUUAUUUUGGUGAUAUUGGUGAAAAUUCCAAGACUCUAUUGGGCUAUUUUGAAAAUCAUGGUGCUAGAAAAUGUUCCAAAGAAGAAAAUCCGGCCGAAUAUAUCCUAGAGGCUAUCGGUGCCGGUGCUACUGCUUCUGUUCAAGAGGAUUGGCAUGAUAUCUGGGUUAAAUCUACUAAUUUCAGUGAUUCUAACCAAAAAGUCGACGAAUUAAUUUCCGAAUUAUCUCAAAAGAAGGAUGAAUCCGAAGUUGGGGAGAAACCAUCGAAAUAUGCCACUUCAUACUUAUACCAAUUUAGAUAUGUCUAUUUGAGAACCGCUACUACUUUCUGGAGAAACUUAGAUUAUAUUAUGGCUAAGAUGAUGCUGAUGACUGUCGGUGGUCUAUACAUUGGUUUUACUUUCUACGAUCCUGGUGAUAGUCAUAUUGGUCUACAAAAUGCUAUGUUUGCAGCUUUCAUUUCCAUUAUUAUUUCUGCUCCAGCAAUGAAUCAAAUUCAAGCUAGAGCUAUUGCUGCUAGAGAGUUAUUUGAAGUUAGAGAAUCCAAAUCUAAUAUGUUCCAUUGGUCAUUCGUUUUAGUUUCUCAAUAUUUGAGUGAAAUUCCUUACCAUUUCUUAUUUUCCACCAUCUUCUUCGUUUCUUCUUAUUUCCCACUAAGAAUCCAUUUCGAAGCUUCUUCUUCUGCUGUUUACUAUUUGAAUUACUCCGUUAUGUUCCAAUUGUACUACGUUGGUCUAGGUCUAAUGGUCUUGUACAUGGCUCCAAACUUACAAUCUGCUAAUAUUAUUCUGGGUCUAUGUCUAUCCUUCUUAAUUGCAUUCUGUGGUGUUGUGCAACCAAAAUCCUUAAUGCCUGGUUUCUGGACGUUUAUGUGGAAGGCUUCCCCAUACACCUACUUCGUUCAAAAUUUGAUUGGUAUUUUGUUACAUAAAAAACCUGUUAAAUGUUCCAAGAAGGAAUACAGUUACUUCAACCCACCAGAUGGUCAAACAUGUGGUCAAUACAUGACUACUUUCUUUGAGUCUAAUACCGGUUACAUUAAAAAUCCUGAAGCUACUACUGAUUGUGCUUACUGUAUUUACUCCGUUGGUGACGAAUAUUUAUCCUAUGUUAAUGCUGAAUACAGCCAUUUAUGGAGAAACUUUGGUAUUUACUGGGCUUACAUUGUCUUUAACAUUUUUGCCAUGAUCGGUGCCUACUACGUGAUUCAUGUUAGACAGGCUAAAUUCUUAGAUCCUUCAAAGAUUACUAAACUAAUUGGUAAAAUGACCAACAAGAAGAAAUAA